GAAACGACAAAGUCCCUCUCGCUGCAUCGGAAACUGGUGGUAUCAAAACCAAAUUUGGCGACGAGAAGGCAAUGACGCUCGUGUGAAGGGGAUGAUCCGAUACCUUACUCUUUUCGAUUUUGGCGGCAGUCCAAUCCAGUGGUAGUAAGCCAACAAGAGCCAUUUGAAGCGAUUCAUACCGUACACUACUGCAAUCAUGGUGAUGUCAAUCAGCACGAGAUCCGCGUUCCACUUUGACGAGGAGAACCAUCGACUUGACAAUGGCGGCGACGCUCGGGAAAUCAUGCUCCGGUCGAAGGAUUUCCCGUCUUCUCCUCGCAAUAGACAGAAAGUGAGCGUCUUUAACGACUGGUCAUUCUAUCAGGAACUCCGACAACAACCAGGAUGCCUUCAAGUCGAACUGAGCCAGCUUCACGUGGAACACAGUAGUUGGUUCUUGACAGGAAUUCAAGCCACGUAUCAGUGCACCUUUGCCGACGGGACGGUGGUGGAAGCCAAUGCUCCAUUUCAUGAAUUUCAACGAUUUCGAUACCGUCACUACAGAUCCAACAGCCGACGUUCGACACUCAAGCUGCAGCUGAACAGCAGCAACAACAACAACAACAACAUUGGUGAAUACAUUAUCAAUAUUGCUUUUCGUCGCGUCGACAAGAUUACUGAUCGUGUGGCGAUUCAGACCAAUGUGCGAACGGUCCAUUACGGGAGUCCGGACUUUAGCUGCUUUCCGCCCAAGUGGUUGUUGCCGCGAUAUCAAGAAGACGACGACAACAAUCAUGCCAGAAAAAUUGUAGCGCUGGGGGGGAUUGCUUCGGUUCUGUCAGAGCAGAUUGGGUGCUUUUCGGAAUCGCAGCAUUGGAUGCGACUCAAGGAUUGGAUUCUUGUCCGGACACUGGUAGAGCAGGGCCGUGCACGUCCCAUUGUCGACAAGAACGCGACAAGCCAACAGCAAGUCGUAAAGGCGUUAGUGCAAGAUAUCAACCGUGAUGUCUUUCAGCAAGUCUUGUCCUUUCUCAUUCCCAGCAACCCAACAAACAAACCCACUACCAGCUAGCUAGAAUGAAAACAAAGUACCUUGCACAACCUACUCCUAGCUAGAGAUAACACGUGCGAGAAAACCCGGAGGCUCAAGAUGGCCACCACGAGAAAACCUACUCUAAAGCUAAACUACAAACAAUUAGAGAUGACCACAGACUUCCCACAAUUGCUUACGUAACAGAUUGAAUAGCUUUAACUAGUACUUGGGC